AGUCGGAUGCGAGCUCUCCCUCCUCCUCCUGCUCCUCCUCCUCUCGCUGUUGCAUCCAUCCAUCCUCCUAUCUGCCCAUCCAUCUCUCCAUCCACAUCCAAGGGCGCCGCAAGAGAGGGUGACAAGACCUCGACUGAGAGGCACAUACAUGCGUGUGCGCGUGCAUGCAUGCGCGAGUCCCCCGUCCGUCCGUCCGUGCGUGUGCGUGUGGACCCGCUGACAUGAGGAGCUGAAACUGAACCGACACAAGGAUGAAAAUGCUUCGGUUCCGCAGCCCCAGCAUCCGCUCCCUGGACCAGGAGGUCCUGUGCACGAUCCGGCUCCUGGACGACUCCGAGAUCUCCUGCAGCAUCCAGAGAGACACCAAAGGCCAGUUCCUGUUGGACCAUGUGUGUAACCAUUACAACCUGCUCGAGAAAGACUACUUUGGAAUUCGAUAUGUGGACCCCGAGAAACAGAGGCACUGGCUGGAGCCCAAUAAGCCUGUGGUGAGGCAGAUGAAGUCAGCUCAGCAGCCGUACACCAUGUGCUUCCGGAUGAAGUUUUAUCCCCACGAGCCCAUGAAGAUCAAGGAGGAGCUUACCAGGUAUCUCCUGUACCUCCAGUUGAAGAGAGACAUCUACCAUGGGCGCCUCCUUUGUCCUUUUGCUGAAGCUGCAUAUCUGGGAGCCUGCAUCAUACAGGCUGAACUUGGGGAUUACGACCCGGAGGAGCACCCGUCAGAUUACAUCAGUGACUUCAAACUGUUCCCUAAACAAUCCCUCAAACUGGAGAGGAAGAUUAUGGAAAUACAUAAGAAUGAGCUCAGGGGCCAGUGUGCUGCGUUUGCAGAGUUGAACAUGCUCCAAAGGGCUCACAGCCUGGAGACGUAUGGAGUGGACCCUCACCCAUGCAAGGACUUUACAGGGUCUACAGCGUUUCUCGGGUUCACAGCCACAGGGUUUGUGGUGUUCCAGGGAAACAAGAGGAUCCACCUCCUCAAAUGGGUGGACGUCAGCAAGCUGAAGUUUGAAGGAAAAACUUUUUACGUCAUAGGGAUCCAGAAAGAGUCAUCACUGAAGAAACUGGUGUUGACAUUUCACACCUCGACCCCUGCAGCGUGUAAGCACUUAUGGAAGUGUGGGGCGGAGAACCAGGCCUUUUACAAGUGUGCAAAGUCGAGUCAGAUAAAGACAGUUUCCAGCAGCAACAUUUUCUUCAAAGGAAGUAGGUUCAGAUACAGUGGAAGAGUUGCCAAAGAGGUGAUUGAAGCUAGUUCUAAGAUUAAGAGAGAGCCGCCUGAGGUCCGCAGAGCCCAGUUUGGUCAGAGUCGAAGUUUUAACUCAUUGAGCCAUAAAAACCUCAUCAUGAACAUGGAACCUCUGGUACCUGCACUGCCCUCCCCUAACGAAUACGAAGAGACAGCCACAGACAAUGGUGUUGCUGCUGUGAAGGACUCUGUUCCCUUGUCUCCUCUCAAACCUUCAGCCGUAUCCACAGUCACAGAGCAACAAGGGACCGAAGGAGGAAACUCUGCUUUGAGCAAUGACCUGCAGCCUCCCCGUGUUUCCAUGGAAACCUCCAAUCUCCGACCUCAGACGCCCAAAGCUGAAGAUGACGUGCAGGAAGACGACGAGUCCAGUGGCCCCCUCACCAUCUCUGAGCUUGUCUACAGCCCCUGUGCCAGCAUGCUGCCCACCCCUGUAGACGACAGCCAGGGAAGCGUCGACCUGCUCUUCUCCUCCCCGGUCCAGAGCCCCGCCAGGAUGCUGAGGGAGCUGCAUGCUGACCCUGACAUCCAGGCCCAGCUGGAGGCCGAGAGGGAGCGAGACCGGGCCUACGAGCGCACCCGGCUGGCUGCGAGGAGUCGGAUGGGAGGCGUCCUGACCAGCAGCCUGCGCCUGCUCUCGUCCAACGAGAGAGUCAAUGCCUGUGUGCUGAGCGUGGCCCGCUUCGUUGCCGUGGUAAUGGGCGUCCUGCUGGUUACUGUGCCCACACUGCUGCUACUGCUGGAGUCUGACAUCGACGUGUCGUUCCUCCACGAGAUCCGCCAGACGCCGGAGUUCGAGCAGUUUCACUACGAGUAUUACUGCCCGUUCCGGCGCUGGAUCCUGUGUAAGAUCAGCAUGGCCAUGGAGAACCUGUGGUCAGACUGAGGAGGAAGAGAAACAGAAUGAGAAGGAAAGUGAGAAGUCACUGUGGGGGAAUCAAACACGCCCAAAUGUCUGUCUUAACUUUGAAUUUAAUCUUAUUUUCAGUCUUAACAACUGGUGCCUCAUGAAACACAAGUCUGCCAAUGGUGUGAAAUGAUUUCAACCAUCCAAUUUAUUUUAGGAGCAGGUGGAAUACAUCACCGAUGACGACUCCACAAAAUUAUAGUUUGAUAUUUUAUUUGAAAAGGGGCCUCAUAUGGAAACAUUGACAGUAAUGAAGUAGCCCUAUUGGAUUCUUUCUGAUUGGAUUACAUGGAAACAUUGAUGUGUUUCACCUCUUUGGCAGCAUAGGCUAAUUACUGUCUUACAGAAAAGAGAGAUAAGAUUUCAAUCACAGGAUCCAAUUACUUGUUAAGAUGGACACUUGGCAGUGAUGAGAUAAAUAAAUACUGUUAGUGCUCAAGGAAGAACUUGUGGAAGUGAGAGAUGAAUGAAUUUUAAAAAGAGGGAGGUCGUGAACAGAGAAAAUGUCACAACAAGAGGAAAAGUCAGUUGGUUUGGGUUUUACUCGAAGAUUGAAUGGUCUGUUCACUCCUGAUGCUGACAAAUUGAUGCAAGAGACAUUUUUGGUAAAUAUCACAAACCGUUCUGAUUGGUUCUGGUCCUCAGAGCAGAGCGCCUGAUUGGUCACAGAGCCUGUCAGUCAUGACGGAGUGGGUGGGAACAGAGAGCGAGCAAGAGAGGUUAUUGAUCUGUCACUGGAUGCAACCAUAGCCACCGUCAGAGGUACAUUAUAUAAUAUAUAUAUUUAAAACAAAGCAGAAUAUUGAUGAUUAAUACCAAUCUUAAAUAAGUUGUUUUUAAAUGUUUUGUACAUUUUUAUGUGAUCCAGAUCUUUCAGGAAUUUUUCAGUCAGAGGAUCUACUUUGAGCUUAUUUUGAAAUUAAGAGUUUACAAAAGAUGACUAAAAAAAAGCUAAUUUAUUGAGGUUUAUGGGGGUGUUGAGAAAUUUAAGCUAUUUUUUCAGACUACGGUCAAUGUUUGUUGACUCAGUAGCACCCUGGGUUUUUCCUACAGAGGCUAUAGCACAAAUCUUUUACACCGAACACAGAUUACAACUGUUUCAGAUUACGUGAUGUCAUUUCGGGGGAACAGGAGGGUGGCACGAGAGAAAAUCCAGUCCGUUUGUGAUGAUUGAAAAAAAAAUAAGUGUGUUUUGUUGAAAAUGUCUUCUGAACUAAAUGUUAGCUCAUUAAUUAAAGCUAAUCGUGCAUCUUUCAACGUGGUUUUAUAGAGUUUGACAUAAAACGUAUGAAGAGAUUCAAAGGGAGGAAAAAGUUACAUUCUGAGAAAAAGUCACUGAAUGAUGAAUUUAACCACAAUUUUGAGUUUGAGGUCAUUUGUUUGAUGAUGUGUUGUCUUUGGGAGCUUUGUUUGAAGAGGUAGGACACAUGAUGGGACAUUUGAGGUGUCAUCCAAGCCAUGUUUCUGAUGGAGUAAAUGUUGAACAGGUACAGUUACAGGUACUUAACUCACUGGAGAAGAUCUGCUUUUUAUCCUGUGUUUAUCAUUGAAACAACUGCAACCGUUUAUAUGUUUCGACAGAGAAAGUGUAUUUUCCUUUUUAAUGUCAGUGACCAACGAGGCAGAGUUAUCAGGAGUUAUAGGAAGGGAAGGUGCUUAUAGAGGAAGUAUAUACAGUAUAAUGCUGUGUUUAUGUGUAUGGACAUUCACUGCUGAUAUGACUGAGGUUCCCAAGAUGAAAAUAUCUAUGUUUGUACCAGACUCAAGUGACAACUGGUUAAAAUUUAAGGCAACUCCUCAAAGGCAAACUUAAGAGAUCGUGUUCAGGAGACACAAAAACAUGUUUAGUGAGGCCACCAGGACCUUGACCUUUGACCCC